CCUCCUCCUGCUUCUCCUCCUCCUCCUCCUCGUCAGUGCAAUGCGCUCGUUGAGCUCACCACUCAACUCCGCACUGUAGCAUUGAGCUCCGCUUCUCUGCUAUAAUUCCCCGUUAAUUGCUAAUUAUCGCCCAGGCGUUUUAAUGUCCCGUCCGGAAAAGCGCUUCCUGCGAUGGCCGUGUCCCAUAAAGCUGCUCUGGGCCGAACGCUGAUGCUGGCGCUCGCGCUCCUCUCACCUGCCUUCACUGUGUUGUGCAACGACAUCCUCGGCCUGAAGGUGGCAGGAGAUCCGGUUCUGACCCCCAAUGCAGUUUGUUUACGACUGGCAGGGCUGAGUAAGCGGCAGAUGAGGUUGUGUGUCCGCAAUCCCGACGUGACGGCCUCCGCCCUGCAGGGCAUACAGGUGGCCAUUCACGAAUGCCAACACCAGCUCAAAAACCAACGCUGGAACUGCUCUACACUGGAGAACCACGGCAAGGUGCCACACCAGAGCACCAUCCUCAACAGGGGUUUCAGAGAGAGUGCCUUCUCCCUGGCUCUGCUGGCAGCUGGUGUGGCACACUCGGUGGCUUCAGCCUGCAGCAUGGGCAAGCUGCGUGGCUGUGGCUGUGAUGCUAAGCGUCGGAUGGACGACGACAAAAUCCGCCUCAAGCUAACUCAGAUGCAGCUGCAGACCCUGCAGAGGAAUGGGUUGAGGCACACACCUGAGUUUAAAGCAAACCACAGCAAGCUACCAUCUUACCUGCGCUCCUCCCAUCCUAGCACACUUCUCAAACCAGAGGAACUCACAUCAGUGCAGGAGACCUGGGAGUGGGGAGGCUGCAGCCAUGACCUUCGCUUUGGUGUCCGCUUUUCCAGGGACUGGCUGGAUUCCAGGGGCUCGUCUCGUGAUAUACAUGCCCGAAUGAAGAUGCACAACAAUCGAGUUGGCAGGCAGAUAGUGACAGACAACAUGAAAAAGAAGUGCAAAUGUCAUGGCACCUCAGGAAGCUGCCAGUUCAAGACCUGCUGGUAUGUGUCUCCUGAGUUCCGGCUGGUGGGCUCCCUGCUGCGACAAAAGUACCAAUCUGCUGUCUUCAUCAACUCCCAGAACAAGAACAGCGGUGUGUUUAACCCACGUGUAGCAGCAGGAGCGGCCGGGUCGGAGCACGGCAGGCCUCGGCGACGCAGCCUCUCCGGGGAGCUGGUUUACUUUGAGAAAUCCCCUGACUUCUGUGAGCGUGAUGUGUCCGUGGACUCACCUGGCACUCAGGGCCGCAUCUGCAACAAGAGUAGCCCAGGGAUGGAUGCGUGUGACUCGCUGUGCUGUGGCCGCGGACACAACAUCCUGAAGCAGACGCGCAGUGAGCGCUGCCACUGCCGCUUCCACUGGUGCUGCUAUGUGCUGUGUGAUGAGUGUAGGGUCACAGAAUGGGUCAACGUGUGCAAGUGAAUGGCCCUCACCCUUGACCUAAUCUUCGACUGGAAACAUUGGACAAGUGGGGGCGAAAGGCAUAAGCCUACGUCUCUCACACCAAGUGUGUGUUCAACAGUAUCAGUUUAGCCACUUCUUCUUUCAGCCCUCUCAUCUGGGUUCCAUUUGCUUUGUGUGGCUGUUGUUAUUCUCCAAAUGCCAAGUCCAAAGGCUGAGGAGAGGAGUGACUCAUGUCAUUUGUCUUUGUUUCCCCUGUUUGGGCUCUUCAGCCAUGAAAAUGCCCCGAACGCCAUCUGUGUUCUUCACAAUAACAAGGCACAACAGCAGGAAUGCAUUACUGCUGAAAAGGAAAGGCAAUGCCACCAUAUACAGUUAUGUGUAUAUUUGGAAAUGUGUGCUUAAUGAAAUGAUCUCGCCAUGACAAAUCAUUGCAAGUUGUGCUUAUGUUCUUUUAGAUGACAAACCUGGUACUAUAAGCCAGGCAGUUUCAGAGAGAACAAAAAACAUGCCUUUUCGCCCACUUGGUUGAAUUUAAUGUAAACUAGGACAGCUGUGAUGUGAAUAUAACCUGUACCGAUGGAGGUCGGACAGUAAUGACUUGAAUGCUUGUGCUUCCCAUAGGUUUGCCCUCAAUCUGAUUAGAACCAGUAAUGUUUAAUCUCUUUCGGGAUCUGCUUACUGUAUUUGAGACCAAAAUCAAGAUCCUGCAGUGAAUAAAUACAUUGCAUUAGGCUGUGUGUAGAAAAUUGCAGAAAUGAUAAUCAUUUUACAAUGACACUGAGACACCGAGACAUUUUUUUUUUUCAAUUUUAACUUUUAUAUAAAUGAUGUUUAGUAAGAGUAAUUAUAAUAAGACAUGAAUUGUCCCUUUGUCCCCCUUCAGAAAACUGUCCUGUGUUCAAAUUUACUUCAGAAAGCUAUUGUUUUUGGCAGGAGAUUUCAUGCUGGAUGUUUUGUUCUUGUACAGUGGCUUCAGAACCAAGAAUGUGUCUAAAGAACUGAGAUGAAUGAUAAAUUCAGGAAUUAAUCAGUAUCUUGCAGAGCGUAGCUCAAAGCGGGCAGCCUGGUUUCCUUCGAGGCUGACGAUUAUAAGAGUGAACAAGAUUGAGGAGGGGAACAACACCAGAUCAGCUGUAUGAACUUAACAGCUAGUUGACACUGUACCAUGUGACUCUGAGGACAGUUGGUGCUUGUUUUGCAUCUGUCAGUAAAAAAGACUGGAAGGAACACUGUGAUUUAACUCAACACAGACCCAGCUAAUGUCAAAGCAGUACUGAGACUUUAGACAGUGCAUGCUUCAAAUGAUGUAAAAAAUGUGAAUAAACUAUAUGUUAUUUUAUAACAUUUAUCACUUAUAUUGUGGUUUAUGCCACAGCGGGGUUGGCUGAUCAAAGUGGACUGUUUUGAUGUGUCCACGACUCUGUCUAGCUGAACUUGUGUGGUAUUUAGCAUCACAGUCAAGGAGAUGGAGUGGUGUAGAAUGAUAAAGUGCUGGAUCUCUGGUUUGUAUUUCUUCAUUCCUUUAUCAUUUCACCCUGGAGCUGCUGCAAAAGGGAAUUUCCUGUCGCUGUUUCUCCCAUGUGUGAGACAGAGAGGCUCAAUAUCUUUGGACCCCCCCUCCCAACCUGGCAGGGCUGUGCAGCCACUUACACACACAAAGCAGCAUACUGACAGCAACUAGAAUAAUGACAACCAGAUACUCCGAAAUCAAAAGGAGAAAGGAGAAAACACAGGGCACAGAUCUGAUGCUGGGUAAGAAUGUUGUUCAAUUUGCCACCAGGGAAGAUCUAUGUAAGGGCAGAUAGAGACACAGAUAGGUAGAUAUAUUGAUAUGUAUAUUCACGUUGCCUAUAAGGUACAUCAAAAGGGAGGGACACGGCUGCAAACAUCUGCUUCUGGGCUCUGUGUCCAGCCUACCCUUAUGCUUUUUUGAUGUGGGACAAGGAUAAAGAGAGAAAGGCAGAGAAAAAAACAAGGAGCCAGCUACCCAGAACAUCAAAGCGAUCGCCUCAACGUGCAAGUCCUCAUUAGUUCUGCAAGCCUAACCAACCCGACUUGUGAUUGUGUUUGCCGGGGUUCACUUUGGCAAACACUUCAGAGGAAAGGUUUCUUUAAAUUAUAACUCCCACCCCCACCACAAGCCGUACGCACUGUAAGUCCCCUGCCAUAACCCCCACAAACUCCCAGCGCCCAGAAUCACCACGCGCUCCCCCACUCACCACUCCACCCCAUAAUCUGGUGUGCAGCUGCAAACAUCUGCUCCGGGCUCUCUCUCCUCUCUGAAACCACCGAACUGAUAAACACAUCUAUCACAGAGCCUCUGACAGACGGUGCGGCAUGUGAAACGACACUGGAAAAGACACUUUUGAUUACAUCAGAGCAAUGUUUAUGCAGGCACUGAUGAUUCUGAUUCAGUAAUGUGCCACUGUGAGAUCAUGCAUAGGCUACUAGUUUACAGUAGCCUACAAAUACAUAUGUAAAAAAA